GCCCGCCCCGCCGUUGUGGACGAUGUGCGCUGGCGGCCGCCGCCGCCGCCUUUCCCGGGCCCUUCCGGCCCCCGGGGCCUCCGCCUCCUCCUCGUCCGGCUCCUCGUCCUCCGGCUCCCCCUCGUCGGGGCUCGCCCUGCUCCGCUGCUGCUGCCUGGUCCUCGGUAUUUGCCAGUCCUAUGCUUUGGAGAUCAACUUGACAGACUCGAAAAAUGCCACGUGUCUAUAUUCAAAAUGGCAGAUGACCUUCACAGUAAAUUAUGAAACUACAGGCAAUGAAACUAAAAACGUUACCGUCACUGUUCCUGAGAAUGUGACAUACGAUGGAAGUUCUUGUGGUGAUAAUCAAACCGUUCCCCAAAUAGCAGUACAGUUUGGACUGGGAUACUCUUGGAAUCUGAACUUUACCAAGGAGGAGAAUAAUUCUUAUUCUAUCGAUACUAUCGUAUUUACAUACAACACCAGUGAUAAUCAAACAUUUCCUGAGGCUAAAGAAAAAGGGCAGAUUCUUUCUAUCGUUGAGAUUAGGAAGGCCCGAAUCCCAUUGAACAAGAUCUUUAGAUGCCACAGUGAAGAAUCCUUUGUCGGGGAUAAUGCCACACACCACUAUUGGGAAACCAUGGUGCAGGCUUUUAUUCAGAACGGCACCAUCAGCAAAGAAGAGUUUAUAUGUGGUAAAGAUAGAGCUUCAACAACAGCAGCACCCGUCACCACCCAAGUUGUGCCUACUACCACCGCAACACCGAUCCCGCAGGAAAAGCCCUACCCUGGAAAGUACGCUGUUAAAAAUGGCAACGACACUUGUCUUCUGGCCACCAUGGGACUGCAGCUGAAUGUUACCCAGAAUAAGGUUAAUUCAGUUAUUAAUAUUAACCCUAAUGUGACAGAAGUCACCGGCAGCUGUAAUAAUGAGACUGCGGAACUGAGGUUGAGUGGAAGCAAUGUAAAAUAUAUUGAUUUCAUCUUUGCAGUGAAAAAUGGAAACCGAUUCUAUCUGAAAGAAGUGAAUGUCAGCUUAACUUUUGUAAAUGCUUCUGAUCUGAAUGUGGCAAACAACAAUCUGAGCUAUUGGGAUGCCCCGCUGGGAAGUUCAUAUAUGUGCAACAGAGAGCAGACUCUUGCGGUGGCUGAAACGCUUCAGAUCAAUACCUUCGAUCUGAGAGUUCAGCCUUUCAGUGUUGUGGCGGGAAAAUAUUCUACAGCUCAGGAGUGUUCUCUGGAUGACGACACCAUUCUAAUCCCAAUUAUAGUGGGUGCCGCUCUCGCCGGCUUGAUUGUCAUUAUAGUGAUCGCGUACAUAAUUGGCAGACGAAAAAGCUAUGCUGGCUAUCAGACCCUGUAAAAACCGAUCUAACGAUGCGAUCCCUGUUCCGGUACAGUGAAGCAAGAGCAAGUUCCAAAAUGGGAUGCCAUCCAGUUUAAAAGCACGGUUUCCGUGCAGUCCCCAUCACGGGUGGGGGAAUGGGAAGUGGAACUUGACAAAAUCACAGCAAAACGGCAAUUGGGUGACAUGGCCGAAAUUGCCCAAUAAAGCAAUUAGCACCGUUAGUGGAAAACUAAAAACCCAAGUGACCGCAAAAGGGCAUUGGCAGUCCCCUGGAUUAGUCAUUUUUCUCCUCCUGUACAUAUUUCAAUGUUUGGAGUUUAAGCAGCUCCCUGACUAGAAAUACAAAAUUGAAAAGAAGCAAAACGUUGGGAAAAAGAGAUCUUCAUUAAUUUGAAACACGUCUGUAGUAAAAACGGGGCAUGUUUUUCAUUAUGCUGAAUUUGUGCUUGCUUCUUUUUUCUGCACUUCUCAGUAAUUGUCUGAUUGGAGGUUAAUUAGUUGCCUCGGUAAUUCUGUAUAUUAUCUACAUGACACAUUUACCCGUGGAUUUGGGCAGCGCCUAGCAAUUUCAUGUUCUUAGCACUGAGUACCUGUCUAAUGCUUUUUGAAUGUGCUUAGAUUUUUAAAGUGGCAGUAGUUACCCAUAUAAUUGCAAGACCUUCAUAAGUAUUCUUUUUAAGUCAUGCCAUCUUUGUCCCAGAGCUAGAAGCCUCAGAGUUCAAGAUGACAGCAUAUUCAAGAAAGUAGCUGAACCCAUUUUCAAAAUACGUUAGAAAUAACGGCCAAGCACUGUUUGCGUUGGUUAUGACUUCAUUUGUGCAUGUUGAAAACUGGCCUCCAUCUGCAUUACUUACGCUAAGGCAAAGGGAUUUUCCUUUAAAGCGUGGCUGUAUUUUUGCUGGUAUCCAUUUGACCAAAGGGAAUGCUAAUUGUAUUUAAAUAUUCCAGAACCUAAAUGGAAGAAGUGCACUUAACUUUAAUUUACACACAUACACACACAGACACUUCUGUGCUAAUCAAAACACCGCAUUGUAACUUUCCAUUUUCAGUGCCCCGUGGAGAGGCGUACCAAUUGUCCAUUCAUAUGCAGCAUCUAAUGUUCAUGGAGAAUGGCAAAGCAAAACACUUGCCUAACAGUUAACUCUUUGUGUGCCUCUUGCUGGUCAUCCUUUUUUUUUUUCCUUUAAUGGGGGGCAUGACAAAUUAAAAUCCAACAAGACUCUUCAUUAAACCAUCUAUUGAUAAACCUCUUUCUUUUUCCCCUUAAUAGUGAACAUGGUUAGGCUAUUUCUGAUGGAUCUUCAGAUGUUACCAGUAAAGUUUAUAUACAAUGUUAUGCCAAGUGAAGACACUUUAUUAUUGGCACACAGGAGCCAUAUUUAACUUAAGGUCUUAGACCAAACUGAUUGAAAUGAUGCUUGUUUCCCCCAUUUUAAAUAUCCUCGUGAGUAGAAAAGUUCCUGCUACUGCACUGGUUCAGAAUAAACUUGGUGAGUGGAGUCUUUUAGCGAGGUACAGAGUUGCACUAUCUUGUUUGAUCACUAUUUAAACAAAACACACUUUAUAUCAGAGUAAACAGGCUACUGCUGUUGGCCCGUAAAUUGGAUUUCAUGUGCAAUUAUUCCCCCGAUUAAAAAUGAGUCAUAAAAGCCUGAACCCUACAUACUAUUCCUGAGUCAAAAUGGAUCGGUUUUAAAAUUAAAUUGGAAGCAGAAGAAAUGAGGUCCUAACCUAAGCGUGAUAACUCAUUUAAAAAUGAACCAUUUCUCUCUUUAGGUAAUGUACCUGACUUGUUUCAAAAUACCUCUAAUUAUCACAGCUUUAGUAGGUCUUAUUUACAACUCCUGUGACUGUUAUCAUCUUUUACAUGGACCAGUUUAUAUGUAGCUACACCAACAGUUGUUUCUUCUAGCUACGUGUCCAUUUGCACCUUUUGUGUAACUACAUUUAUGCCUUUGGGUUUAAAUCAGUAAUUCCGUGUAAUACCUCUUGGUAACAUGCCAUUAGCCUCUUGGCAUCUUUCAGAUUUAGAUUUUGAGUGCAAGAGAACUGGUCCCUGUAAAUACUAAGUUUCCUGUGUUUUGGCUUCAAGUUGUUUAAACCACUAGUCUCUGUAUUGUAUUUCUCUAGGGAUUUUUUGCCUGUCAAUUUGCUCAACUUAUUGCUUUAAAAAUAAAGAUUCUUUUAUUUCUUAA